AUGAAACAGAUUUGCAGUAACAGACAUGGGGGUUUAUGGGAACAACAUGGAGGACAUGGGGGUUUAUGGGAACAACAUGGAGGACAUGGGGGUUUAUGGGAACAACAUGGAGGACAUGGGGAUUUAUGGGAACAACAUGGGGGUUUAUGGGAACAACAUGGAGGACAUGGGGGUUUAUGGGAACAACAUGGAGGACAUGGGAGUUUAUGGGAACAACGUGGAGGACAUGGGGGUUUAUGGGAACAACAUGGAGGACAUGGGGGUUUAUGGGAACAACAUGAAGGACAUGGGGGUUUAUGGGAACAACAUGGGGGUUUAUGGGAACAACAUGGAGGACAUGGGGGUUUAUGGGAACAACAUGGAGGACAUGGGGGUUUAUGGGAACAACAUGGAGGACAUGGGAGUUUAUGGGAACAACGUGGAGGACAUGGGGGUUUAUGGGAACAACAUGGAGGACAUGGGGGUUUAUGGGAACAACAUGGAGGACAUGGGGGUUUAUGGGAACAACAUGGAGGACAUGGGAGUUUAUGGGAACAACGUGGAGGACAUGGGGGUUUAUGGGAACAACAUGGAGGACAUGGGGGUUUAUGGGAACAACAUGGGGGUUUAUGGGAACAACAUGGAGGACAUGGGGGUUUAUGGGAACAACAUGGAGGACAUGGGAGUUUAUGGGAACAACAUGGAGGACAUGGGGGUUUAUGGGAACAACAUGGAGGACAUGGGGGUUUAUGGGAACAACAUGGAGGACAUGGGGGUUUAUGGGAACAACAUGGGGGUUUAUGGGAACAACAUAAAGCUGUUGAGUUUGGAAGCUUGACCAGUAAACAUUUCUACACAAAUUCAGUCAGACAAAGGGUAUUUUCUAAGUUCUAUGAUGCUAGUUAG